AUGAGGAAAGCACUGCUUAACUCUCUGUUCUACAUUUCAAGGCCGCGUCCAAGUGAAAUUGCAUUCCCCCGUCGUGGGAAGAUUUUCAAAUGGUACUCCGGAUCUUCUGUCUACAUGGUUUACGUGCCGCAAAUAGUAUGUUUCGAAUUCGCGAACUGUGCACCUGGAGAUGAUGCAGCAAAGAACGAAGGAGGAAACGUCAUAGCAAAAUGUGCCAAUAACUUCAAAAGACUUUCUCUGGAGGAGUCGGGCGGUGCUUCUGUGUGCCAUCUAUCCGGUAACGAUUUGCAGGAGAAGUCACAUUGGAGAACAUCUUGUAGAACCAAGUACCCCAAGAAGGAAAAAAAAUUUGGUGGUGAACUCUUCGAAAAUUUACCGUUUUGA